AUGUAAAAUUCAAUAAAAGCUGAAAUUAAAAAUCUACUAAAUAGAAUUGAAUCACUUGAAAAUUCUGUAUUAACUGUUAAUUCCAUCCAAUCAAAAGAGUUAUUAUAAUAAGCACUGGAUGAUUUUGAAACUUAUUUUGAUAAUAUCACAGAUAUGACUUAAAAAUUGGACAUAAGUAUGGUAUUCUUAAAAGAAUUAAGCAAAGUUCUAAAACAUAUAAAAAGUUAAAUUGAUCAAGUCUUGUAAAAUGUUAAUAAUAUUGCAAAUGAUGUUAGAAAACUUAGAGGAAAAAAUUAUUUUGAAUUACUUUUAAUAAGAAAAGAUUAAAUAUUAAAGUAAAAGGAUGAAAAUGAUUUAGACCAAAUCCACAUAGAAAUAUUAACUUAAGAAUAGGAUCCAAUUUCAGGAAAUAAAAUUAAUAGGAUAAAAAGAAGUAAUUUCCUAUCUUUUAAAAAGAAUUUAUAAUAAUUUUGAAGGAGAAAUAAAUGAAUUUUUAUGGGAUUAAAAAGAAAGAAUAAAAGAUGUUAUGCUUCUAAAAGGAAGAGCAGGUUCAGGGAAAAGUAGAGCUGCAAAAAAUAUUGAGGAACUUAUAUGAGUUGUGAUUAAAUAGAACCUAAGAGGAUUCCAAUUUAUGUAUCAUGACCUUCAAUAAAAGAUCCAAAACAUAAUUUAAUUGAUUUAAGAAUUAGAAUCAGAAAAUUAUAGAGGCUGCCAAACUUGGUUUUAUGGGAAAGGCAUAUAAACACUAAAAGAAGUUGAAUUAUUGCCUAUUAGCACUAAUUAAAGUAAUGAAUAUUUAAUAUAAUAUUCUAAAGUGAGUGUAAAAAGAACCAUAAAAAGAGAUUUUAUGAAUUUCUUAAGUAAUUUAAAGUAUAAAACUUUUCACUUAAUGAAUUUAAAAUUAUUUGGAGUAACAUAGAAGAAACUAUAAGAAAGAUAUAAAACUAGAAUGGAGAACUAUUAUUUUAAUCAGAAGAUACUGAAAAAAUUAUAUAAAAAAAUUUAGCAAAUUCAAUUUUUGUAGCUAUUUAAUGCUGAUUAAAUGGUUUCAUUAAACAAAGAUUUAUUAUAAUUAUGGGGUUAUUAAAAAUUUUCGCAAACUAUUUAAAAAGUUAAAAUAUAACAUCUUUUAAAUACAACAUUUAUGCUAGAAAUUAUAGUAUAUGUAUUGCCAAGGAUUUUAAUUCUGCUUUUUUUAUGA